GCGUGUGUGACAGGUUGAGGUCAGCUGUUCUAAAUAGAACUCCUCUUUGGCGAUAGAGUAUCAAACCGGUGUGCAACGAAGCUAUACUGUCUGAAUGGGGCAGUUGCACGACAAACUACGGAACAGCUCCCGGUAUUCGUUUCGCAGUUGGCAGUACGUGAGCAUUCGGAUAACUGGAUCCUUUGUUUACAUCUGCAAAGUACACGAACUGUAAUCGACUGGCAGCGAGGACGAAAUGCGGGACGAACCGCUUGGUCUGCUUAUCUCUAUUAUCAUCAGGAUAAAAGAAGCGGCUAAACCGUUAGCUAGCGCGUGUUGAUUUUAAGGUCGCCAUGGGAGCGCUGUUCCGGAGCGAGGAGGUGUGUCUUGUCCAGCUCUUCCUCCAAUCCGGGUCGGCCUACAACUGCGUGAGCGAGCUCGGGGAGCUGGGAUUGGUGGAAUUCAGAGACCUCAACCCCAACGUGAACUCCUUCCAGAGGAAGUUUGUGAACGAGAUCAGGCGCUGCGAGGAGAUGGAGAAAACCUUCACGUUCCUGGAGCAGGAGAUUGGCCGAUCCCUGACGGUGCCCCUCCCCGCCCCCAGCCCCCUCCCAUCGGCCCCCCAGCCCAGAGAGCUGCUGUCCAUCGAGGAGGAGAGCGAGAGGCUGGCUAGGGAACUACGAGAGGUUUCCAGAAACAGAGACAGAUUGAGGAGUCAGCUGACCCAGCUCAGCCAAUACCGCGGGGUUCUCAUCCAGACACACACGCUCACCGUCUCACAGGCUCCUCCCUCUAGUCUGGAGAACUCUGCCCUGCUGGACAGCAGACAGGACAUCAGGCUCAGUUUUGUGGCGGGAGUGGUCCACCCCUGGAAGGUGCCGGCGUUCGAGCGGUUGCUAUGGCGAGCAUGUCGCGGAUACAUCAUUGUUGAUUUUCGGGAGAUGGAAGAAAGACUGGAACAGCCAGAGACGGGCGAGAUGGUUCAGUGGACAGUGUUCCUCAUCUCCUAUUGGGGCGAACAGAUUGGUCAGAAAGUCAAGAAGAUCUGUGAUUGCUUCCACACCCACACGUUUGUGUACCCAGAAGGCACUGCAGAGAGGGCUCACAUUCUGAAUGGCCUGCAGAGCAGAAUAGUGGACAUCGGACUGGUCCUGACCCAGACAGAGCAGUACAUGCAGCAGCUCCUGGCCCGCUGCGUGGCGGCGCUGCCCCAGUGGAAGGUCCGGGUCUCCAAGAGCAAGGCGGUCCAGACGGUGCUGAACCUCUGCAGCCCCUCCGUCACCGACAAGUGUCUGAUCGCCGAGGCCUGGUGUCCCGUCAGGAAGCUGCUGCUGCUGCAGAGCGCCCUCAUAGAGGGGACGAGGAGAAGUGGCAGUGCGGUGGACUCCUUCUACAACCGCCUGCCUCCCCCCUCCUCCCCCCCGACCCUCUUCACCACCAACUCCUUCACCUCGGGCUUUCAGAGCAUUGUGGACGCGUACGGCAUAGCUUGCUACCGUGAGGUCAACCCAGCGGUGUACACCAUCAUCACCUUCCCCUUCCUGUUUGCGGUGAUGUUCGGGGACGUGGGCCACGGCCUGCUGAUGACCCUGGCUGCCCUCUGGAUGGUGCUGCAGGAGAAGGACCCCAAGAUACACACACACACUAACGAGAUGUGGAGGCUGGUGUUUGGGGGCAGGUACCUGGUGCUACUCAUGGGGCUGUUCUCGGUCUACACCGGGGCCAUCUACAACGAGUGCUUCAGCAAGGGCCUCUGGAUCUUCCCCUCGGGCUGGCGUCUGCAGCCCAUGAACUGGAGUGAUGAGAUUCUGAAGGAGAACCAGUACCUGAGUCUGGACCCCAACAUCACUGGUGUGUUCCAGGGUCCCUACCCCUUCGGCAUCGACCCGAUCUGGCGUCUGGCCAACAACCACCUGACCUUCCUCAACUCCUACAAGAUGAAGAUGUCGGUUAUCAUCGGGGUCAUACACAUGACCUUUGGAGUGUGCCUCUCGCUCUUCAACUACACUCAGAGGGGCCAGCUCAGCAGUGUGUUCCUGGUCCUGCUACCAGAGCUGGUGUUCAUGCUGAGUCUGUUUGGCUACCUGGUCUUUAUGGUGGUCUACAAGUGGGUGGUGUUUGGCCCGCACGACUCAGACCGAGCCCCCAGCAUCCUCAUCCACUUUAUAGACAUGUUCCUGUUCUCUGCCAACCCCGGCAACCCAGCCCUCUACCCAGGACAGCUGAUAGCCCAGAGGGUCCUGCUGGUUCUGGCCUUGGCCUCGGUACCAGUGCUGUUGCUAGGGAAACCACUCUACCUCUACUACCACCACAGAAGAAAAGCCAGCCGCAGAGCGGGAGAAGAGCGCCCUCUGGUGACAGACACCACCUCCAUCAACACUUUGCAGGGAGACCUGGAGGAAGGAGAGAGGGGGGAGGAGGAGGUGUUUGACUGUGUGGAGGUGUUCAUGCACCAGGCCAUCCACACCAUAGAGUACUGCCUGGGCUGCAUCUCCAACACGGCCUCCUACCUGAGGCUCUGGGCCCUCAGCCUGGCCCACGCACAGCUGUCGGAGGUGCUGUGGGUGAUGGUGAUGAGGAUCUCCCUAUCGUGGCAGGGCUACGUGGGCUCCGUGGUGCUGGCUGUCAUCUUCUCCUGCUUCGCUACGCUCACCGUCUCCAUCCUCCUCGUCAUGGAGGGCCUGUCUGCCUUCCUGCACGCGCUCAGACUGCACUGGGUGGAAUUCCAGAACAAGUUCUACAGCGGAACCGGUUACAAGCUCAAUCCCUUCUCCUUCAGCUCUGUCCUAAACCCACUGUAAAACAUUCAGCCCACUAUGGAAGGCUCUGGAACAUUUAGCCCGAUUCAGAAUCUUCUAGGGCUACAUGUCUGUACUCUGGACCUCGCUUUGCAACCGAUUGGAGGAGGAGACCCGAGAGGAGGAGCCUUAAAUUCUCUCCUCCAAUGAGCUUUGGAGAAGAAAACAAGGAAAAUAAAACGAGAUUUAUCCUGUGUUUCUAAGAUGAAGAUGUAACACAUUUAGCUUAAUAUAUGCUAGCAUUGUUAUUUUUUACUUCAUUUAUGACUUUCUUACAGCUCCUUUGUAAAGAAAGUAGCUCUUGUACAUAAUAUUUAGAUUUGUUUGCUCAGGAAGAGGUUUGGAGUUUCUGGGAAGCCUAGGAGAGUUUGGGAAGUACCUGUCCCAGGUUGCACUGGGGCAGUUUAAUAAUAGGUGAACAAUAAAGACUUGUUUUAUACCUAC